AUGCUCGGAAAGCAUUUGAAUUUCUCUCUAAGCCGAGAUAAAGAUACCGAUAAACCAAUAGCCCUUGUGCAUACCACGGCCUCCGGCUCCGAUCUUUGUCAAAUAGUGUGCGAAGAUAUUACUCAGUUUUAUGUCACUCUAGCCAACGAACCAUCUUUGGCGUAUUUUCGAAUUCAGGAACACAUACGAAAGGUGACCCCCUCCCUCUCAAAUGAACGAUCUAAAAUUGUGCAGGUUAAUUCUGAACUACAGGGGUGUUGUUUCGACGUGGAUUACUCAAUCAGAGAUCCUCACGGAAAGCUCGCACGCUGGGCACUCCGGUUGCAAGAAUACGAAUUCACGAUCCAGCACUUGCCAGGGAAGGAGAAUCACUUGGCUGAUUGGCUGCCAAAACCAAAGCCGGAAGAUGAGGUCUCUAGGAUCAUGGUUGCGGCCAAUAGCCUCGUCGUCAAACUGGAUCCCGGAAGCGCUGUCAACUCUGCUUCUCGGGCGACGCCGCACCUGAAUCGUUUAAACGAGUUGCUCAAAUCAAGUCUGUUCACUAAACUUCAACUGGAUUAUGCUAAAAAAUACAGCACUGGCUUUGAAGUCGGAGUCGAUUUGGUGUCUGCUUUGGCGUCUCAGCAACAGCCGACGAUGUCCACCACAAGCCGAAAGAAGAUCCCAGCUGGGUCCCAACUACCCUCGAGCUCGUACUCUUUCGGAAGAAAUACAUCUCCAACAGUCGAACCCGUUAACAGUUCUCCGAGUACCACUCUGGCAGGUUCAUCACAGCUGACGGGCGCAUUGCUCACAACAGCCAUCCGCCAGAAUCCUGCCAGCAUAAAUAAGCGAGCUGAGGUAACUCGCAGCGCUGACUUUUCCGGCUUGAACGGUUCUAACCUGUCUACAUCUCUGCGUAAUGGGAAAGCCCGUUCCGUAGUUUUGAAUCCAAGCUAUUCAUUCUCUUACGGUGUAUCGCCUGACCAGUCAGCGGAAACCGGUGUGGAGGCGGUUGAACUUCAUGAUUCUACAGUUACUUAAUUUUACAUUGUGGUUGUAAAUUCAAACGUCUGUGGGAGGGUGUGGUAAUUCCGUGUAUCCACAAUUUGUCCUGAUGCCCUCGAGAAAACAGCACAUAUCCUUUAUUUUAAAACACGAAGAGAUCAUGACUUACAUUCGUCUGUCGAUUGUUUCUCUUGAUUCUUUUUCAUUCACUUUGUGUGUUUUAAUAAAUUCAGCUAUCAGAUGUAUGGACUAAAAAAUGUCUUCUAG